UUCUUUUAUAAAAUUGCACGUUCUCUCUCUCUCUCUCUCUCUCUCUCUCUCAUAUCAAAUUUUAAAGCCUUAGUUUUCUUGUGGCCCCUACUUUCAGAUUCUAAUAAUAUUAUGAAUAUGGGGUAGGUUUUGCUCUUUUUGAUCUCCCUUCUUUGGUCUUCUAUUUCAGUUAUAAAACAACUACUCUCUUUAGAAAAACCCUCUCUCUAGUUUUCUCUUUCUUCAUCAUAUAUUUUCUUCUUCCUUCUUAAUUUGAUAUGGAGAAAUAUAAUAGCAACUCAUCUUCUAUGACCAAACCAAUUAAUUCCUCUCCUAAUUCAGAAUAUUACAGUGAAGAGAGUGGUUGGACAGCUUAUUUUCAAGAUUUCUCCAACAACAACAACAACAAUAAUAAUAUUGAUCAUAAAAAUGAUGAUGAUGAUGAAGAAGGGAGUUUGAUCUCAUAUGGCUCUUCCUUGGUCUCUGAUGCUGCUUCUUAUGCUGCAUGGAAAAUCUCCAACCAAAGAGAUCAUCACAAUCUUCAAUUCCCAGCAGGGACCAACCCGUCCAUCGCUGCCGGAGGAUCCCGGCCGCCGCCCAAGAAGCUGACUUUUAAGAGAACAAGAACCAAAGUAAUUUCUUCAGAUGAUUCUUUAGAAGAUACUGCUAGUUCCCCAGUCAAUAGUCCCAAGGUUGGUGAUCUGAAACGGGCGAUUGAUAUGAAAAACAAACACGCGGGUGAUCAUUUUCUUGAGAACAAUUCUCUGGGUAAAAGAGGUGGUACGUUAGAGUACUAUUCAGAAAUGCAGGGAUCAGAAGAAAGGAGUGUAGUGGAUUUCAAUGAACCAAUUAAUGAGUGUAUAGACUUAAAGAAAAGAGGGUUAUGUUUGGUUCCCAUGUCCAUGUUAGUGAAUUAUCUUGGUUAAUUGAUUUUUGUUUAUAUAUAUAUAUAUUAAUUAACUCCAAUAUGUAGAAUAUACUUCUGUUUGUGUUCCAUACAGUACACGCGCCUUUCCUUACGACAAUGUACAAAUUAAACAUAAAUUAAGGAGUUAUCUUCCUUUUCCUGUUAAUAUGUUCCAAUUAAUUUUGUUUGUAAUAUGUUUCAUUCUCAUCAAUUAUAAUUUAAUGUAAAUUAAUUAA